UGUCAAAUUGCCGCAAAGUCGAACUAUGAUUAUUUAAGAUUUUACUUGUUUUUAAAAGUGUAAUUUAAGAUUUUACAAUUUGACCAUGAAUUUGUCAGAGGAAAAUAAUUUUUCAAAUGGCCUUUUAUAUGUGGGCUUUAAUCAGGACCAAGGCUGCUUCGCUUGUGGAACGGAAAAUGGCUUUAGAGUGUUUAAUAGCGAUCCACUUAAAGAAAAGGAACGUCAAAAUUUCGCAGAAGGAGGACUAUCAUACGUCGAAAUGUUGUUUAGGUGUAAUUAUAUGGCGUUAGUCGGUGGAGGCAAGACUCCCGUGUAUCCUCCGAACAGAGUAAUCAUAUGGGACGAUUUAAAAAAAGAUUCUGCAAUAUCCUUAGAUUUCAAUAGCCCUGUUAAAGCUGUGAAAUUAAGAAGAGAUAGAAUCGUCGUUGUUUUGGAAAAUUUGAUUAAAGUUUAUACAUUUACUGCACAACCCCAAUUACUGCAUGUGUUUGAGACAUGCCAAAACACUCGAGGGCUUUGUGUUGUAUGUCCAAACAGUAACAAUGCCCUUGUAGCAUAUCCUAGUCGUAAAACUGGACAUGUUCAGUUGGUGGAAUUAAGUAGUCACGCAGGAACCAGUACUGCACCAGAAGGUCAUCUUAUUGCUGCACACGAAGCUCCCCUCAGUUGCUUAGCCCUUAAUGUAGGGGGUACUAGGUUGGCCACAGCAUCUACAAAAGGCACACUAAUCAGGGUCUUUGAUACUAGUACUGGGCAAAAGCUAGCAGAAUUAAGAAGAGGAGCGCAUCAGGCAACAAUAUAUUGUAUAAACUUCAACCACACAAGCACUAACCUCUGUGUAACGUCAGACCAUGGCACGGUACAUAUCUUCAGUCUAGAGGAUGAAAAAUUAAAUAAACAAUCAAGUUUGGCGACAGUUAAUUUCUUACCAAAAUAUUUUUCAAGUAAUUGGAGCUUCUGUAAAUUCACCAUACCUAAUGGUCCACCAUGUAUUUGUGCAUUUGGUGUGGAUAAGAGUUCUAUUAUUGUGAUAUGUGCAGAUGGUUCAUACUACAAAUAUAAGUUUAAUGAGAAAGGUGAAUGUACCAGAGAUGUAUAUGCUCAAUUCUUGGAGACAUCGGAAGACAGAUAAAUGUGAUACGCUACAUAAUAAUUUUGGAAUGUGAUUAAUGAAAUUAGCAUCAAGUUAGGUUUAACCUAAUAUCUUUUCAAUGCUUAUAUUGGUACUGUGUUAGAUAACUAUUUUUUUUUUUUCAAUUAUCAAAUGCGCUUGUCUCUUUAAAUGUGAUAUGCCCUUAAAGAUCAUCGAACAAUUCGGUGAUUUUAAGUGAUAAGACUAGUGCACUUUUUAUUUUUCCAUCUGUACUGUAAUUAGAACUGCAUAAUACUUUACAUAAAAAAACAUGAGUAGCAACAUCAUUAAAUUAUUAUUAGAAAAAUUAAAUAUAUUUAAAAAAAAAAAAUACAUUAAAUUGUGUAGUUCUAAUUAAAUACAUAUCUAUAUUUUUUUUUAACAAACGAUAAUGUAUACAUUGUCAAACGUAUCAUAGCAUGCAUUAAAAACUUUUGUGAUGUAAAUUCUAAAUUUUAAAAUGUGUCCAAUAAAAAAUUCAAACAUUUCUUAUAUGUAAAUAUUUCUUAGAGGCUGAUAGUUGAUAUAAAUAGUCUUAUUGUUUUCUUAACACAGUACCAUAGGAAUCAAGGAUGUGCGUGCAAAUAAGUACUGAAGUAUGUUUGUUACCGCUAAGAAAAGACAAAAUGCUUAACGCCACGCUCAUGCUUGAUUUUGAUACACAUUUGUAUAUUUAUAAAUUGUUAUUAAUGUAUUUAACUAAGGAAAUUUUAUAAGAAUUAGAAAAAAAAAAUAUCACUAUCAAAUAUCAUUUCGUAUCAAAUUCCUACCAUUUUAUAUCAUUUUUUAAAUCUUUAAGGAUCUAAAAAAUAUAUUUCGUUAAAAUUAAAUUGGAAAAUUUUAGAGAUUUAACUUGUUGUAGAUUAGUUAGAGUAUUACAAAAUUAUGUAUUAUCGGUUAUUUGUAAACUAAAAGCUUAAUGCUCGAGUUAUUAUAAUUUAGUGCCUUAGAUUUGCCUCUGAGGGCUACCGAGACAUUGCUUUACGUGCGAAUUAUUUACAUUACUCUAAAGCUAACUGGCUGGAUUAUUAUUAUUAUUAUUUUUAUAAUUAGGAUACACAAUUUUGAAACAAUUUAGUAAUGCGAUCACAAAAUACAUGUUUGUACCAAAUUUUCUUUGUCACUUUAUAUUUAAUUGUAGUUUAAUUUUAAUUAUUUAAUAUAUUAUUUCAUUUUAUUUUCAGACAAGCAUACAAUUAAUUGAUAUUUUACAAAUUAUUGUUAUAUUUUUUUCAUUAUGCAAUGACCUUGUUGUAAUCGAGAACUUGUAAUAAAUAGC